AGGAGCGGGGGGGGGUGUGCGCUGAGGAGCGAGUGGCGUCGCCGGAGGAGAGCCGUGAGGUGACGGUGAGGGGCUCCUGAGGUGGGGCGCUGCCUGCCUUCGGCUGCCUCUUAUGCCUGGGGCUCCGCGGCUGGGGCAAAAAAUGAAACAGGAGUUUUAACUUUAAGGGCUCACUCACCAUGGGAGACUCAGAAGGCCAUCACUUCAGCUCAGUAGAAGAGGAAACCAGAUACUGGAAAGAGCUGGCUAUGAAAUACAAGCAGUGUGCUGAGAACACACAGGAAGAGCUGCGUGAAUUCCAAGAAGGGAGUCGAGAGUAUGAAGCUGAACUGGAGACUCAGCUGCAGCAAACAGAGUCCAGAAACAGAGACCUUCUGUCAGAAAACAAUCGCCUGCGAAUGGAACUGGAGUCAGUUAAGGAAAAGAUUGAAAUGCAGCAUUCAGAAGGGUACAGGCAAAUCUCUGCACUGGAAGAUGACCUGGCACAAACAAAAGCUAUUAAAGAUCAACUUCAGAAGUACAUUCGAGAACUUGAGCAAGCGAAUGACGACUUGGAAAGGGCAAAAAGAGCCACUAUAAUGUCUCUGGAAGAUUUUGAACAGCGUUUAAACCAGGCUAUCGAAAGAAAUGCUUUUCUGGAGAGCGAGCUGGAUGAGAAGGAAAACCUUCUUGAGUCUGUGCAACGCCUGAAAGAUGAAGCUAGAGAUCUACGACAAGAGCUUGCAGUACAGCAGAAACAGGAGAAACCCAAAACACCAAUGCGAACUACCCUGGAAACAGAACGAACAGACACUGCAGUUCAAGCAUCCUUAUCUGUGCCUUCAACUCCCUCAAUGCACCGGGCACCUGGCAUCAACAUGGCCACCCCUGCGACAUUUAGGAGAGGUUUUGAGGACAGUUACAGUGCAACCCCUCUCACACCUGCUGCCAGAAUAUCUGCACUUAACAUCGUGGGAGACUUGCUGCGGAAAGUAGGGGCUUUGGAGUCCAAACUUGCCUCUUGCCGAAACUUUGUGUAUGACCAGUCUCCAAACAGAACCACAGUGUCCAUGUACAUGAACAGAGAUGUCCUUGAAACGCGCCUGAGUCCUCACCAGCCUCUGUGUGAUACAGGGUUAGUGAAACGUCUGGAGUUUGGGACACGGCCUUCAAAUAUUCCAGGACCAAUAAGCCAUCCUUCACAAAGUGUUGUCAAGAUGCUGCUAUGAAAAGGCUGCAUGGUUUUGGAAAAGGGAAAAAGAAUAUAUAAAGCUUUAGUUUUAAAGAGGUAUCAAUGAGCAAUCAGUUAGCAGCAUAAUGGUAGGUGAGGACUGAAUAAGAAGCUGCAGUCGGCAAGGGCCUCUCGUGGCCUUACCCAUCUGGCUUGUCUGCUGAGUUCUGUGGGCAGUGUGAUGAAGCAAUGCUGCCUAGCAGCACAGGACUUUAAAUUGCUUCCUAUAUCAGCUGCUGUAAAUAACUCCUUGAAAGCUGUUCCUUUUGACACAGUCAGUCAAAGCUAUUGUCCUUUAGCCUCCAACAGGCAGUAUUCUCUAUGCAGCUCCUCAGGCUUUGGCUUUUGGUAUUGAAUUCUGACUGUGAGUUUUUAUCAUGGGUGUUGUGUGCUGCAGUCACCUGAGUUAGGGGAGUGGUUUUAGUUAGAGACAGGUGUAUUGCUGUGGGGAAGCUGCUCAGUUAUUUGUGGGAUGUUUGCUGGUCAAAAUCAUGCUACAUAAAACCCUGCCUCUAGAAUGGUAAGGUUUUGUAAGCAGUUAUUUGCCACUAAGAAGAGGUAUUGGUUAAAGGUGAGGAAUGCCUAAUACUUAGAAUACUUGGGAUAUCCCAGAACUAUCUGCAAGGUAGGGGAAUUUUAGCCUAUAGAUAUUGUUUUACCAUAUGGGGCUCAUAAAGCCUAGCUGUUGUAGGAAGCAAGAGACCUGAUUAAGUUCCUGGUUCUAACAUCUUACUAGCUGGGGUUUACUACUUUGCAAACCUGCCUUUAUUAAUGUGCCUUGGGUUUUUGUGAAUUUAUUUUAUUUUUGUUUUUUGAUGAGAGUAUAUGCCUUCAGCUGUUACUAAUUUAGCAAUGUUUUUAACUUGAAAUGUCCAAGUAUGUCAGAAUACUGAAUUGUUCUUGAAAUUGGAGUUUUUUCCCCUACAGAAUAACACUGCAUUUUUUUUUAGAAUGCAACGGGUUCGUUCACAGUAUUAAUAUGCAUUCACAGUAUUAAUAUACAUUACAGAAGCUUGUACUUGCAAAAUAAUUAUGGCUAAAUAUUUCUGUAUUAUUGGGGGGAGUUUACAUGACAAAAUGCAUAAAUUGUGUUUUUUCUUUUAAUGAUGUGAAAACAACAACUGAUACAUCUGUUUCUCUGGAUUAGGAAAUAACUACAGAUCAUUCAAAUUAUUCAAGCCAUCUACAAAGUUGGCUUAACUGGGAAGCAGAAUAAAGCUUAUUUUGAAUGUUA